AUGGUUUUCCAAACUAUCAAGUUUAUUGUGUUACGUCCAAGGGGCAUACCCCAAAAUUUGGAACUGGAUAUAAAUUGUAGUGAUUAUGUAAGGAAUAUAAAAAAUAAAUUAUUUCAAGAAGAUAUUAGUAAAGCUUUAAAUGUCCGAUUUAUUUAUAUGGGCAAAAUAUUAGAUGACAAAAAAAAACUAGAAGACUAUUUAAAUUUUUAUAAUCAGGAUAUUUUAAUAAAUAAUAAAAUUACAAAUAUAUUAUAUGAAAAUAAAAAAGGAUAUUCUACAAAAAAAAUUCUAAAUGAUAUUAAUAAUACACAUGUAAAUACAAAUUCCAAAGAAAAUGCAUCAAUAACUAUACAUGUAAAAAUCACAGAAAGUUUUUCAUCUUCAAGAAAUGAUACCUUUGACGGUAAAAAUUUGAACACGUCGCUGGCACGACUAAGCCUAGUAAUGUUCGUUUCUCUCUUAUGGAUUUACAGAUAUAAUUAUUCACAUACUUUUCCCAUAUUUUCGACCAUCGUCUUAUUUAUUUUUACCCUUUUUAUUGGCAUAAUUAUAUUCCACAAUCAUAUAAUAUUAAUUAUUAACAUCUUGUUACAAAUAAUAAUAACGAUCUACCAAAUGAUUAAAUACUCCUUUAAAAAGAUAUAUGACCAUAUUAACAAGAAACUCCAAAACUAUUAUAAAAAUAGGAAAGGAAAGGAAACCAAAAAAAUAAAAUAA